CACCGCUCUCUCUCAGUGAGCGCCUUCAUUGAACGCGCGAGGACGCAGACGCUGUGCGUGCUUUCGGAGGUACACUCGCACGUAUGACAGGAUACAGACUCGAAGGAAGAAAAUAUGCCAAUCUCCGUCAUCUUUCAUGCGAUGUAUACACCGCUCUGCUGAUUUUAGCAGUAUUGUAGAGGUGAGCCGCGAUGUCUGGCUGCCUAACGCUGAUUGACGGACCGGAUCGGUGGCGCGCGUGUUAACGCACAACGGUGUUUUCAGCUCGUGCGUAAACUUUGCAAGAACUUUGAGGCAUCAAAUCUCUUCCCAUUUUGACGGGCGAGGUGAAACGGCAGCACAAAGCAUGGCGACACAAAACGACUGCUCUGUCAAGGUCUCUUUAAGGAUCCGGCCGCAGAUGGCAAAGGAAAAGAUUGAGGGAUGUCACAUCUGCACCUCCGUUACUCCCGGGGAGCCCCAGGUGCUCUUGGGUAAAGACAAGGCCUUUACGUAUGACUUCGUGUUUGACUUGGACGCUCAGCAACAUCAGAUCUACAGCGCCUGUGUUCACAAGCUGAUUGAAGGCUGCUUCGAGGGAUACAACGCAACCGUCUUCGCUUACGGACAAACCGGUUCAGGGAAGACCUACACCAUGGGCACUGGCUUUGAUGUAACCGUGUCUGAGGAAGAGCAGGGCAUCAUCCCACGGGCCGUGCGACAUCUCUUUCAGGGCAUCCAGAAACACAGACUAGAGGCACAGAGCACCGGCAUGCCCCUGCCAGAAUUUAAAGUCAGCGCCCAGUUCCUGGAGCUCUAUAACGAGGAGAUCCUGGACCUGUUUGACAGCACACGUGACCCUGAGGCUCGAGGCCGGAAGUCCAACAUUAAGAUCCAUGAGGAUGGGAGCGGAGGCAUCUACACCACAGGAGUGACCUCACGGCUGGUCAGCUCAGAGGAGGAGCUGCUGCAGUGUCUGAAGCUGGGCGCUCUUUCCCGCACCACCGCCAGCACACAGAUGAACGCCCAGAGCUCCCGCUCUCAUGCCAUCUUCACCAUCCACCUCUGCCAGAUGAGAGUCUGCCCACAGCCACAGAUGAACGGAGAGAUGAGUGAUGUGUCUGAUGCCUCCAUCUCUCAGCCCGAGUAUGAGACGCUCACUGCCAAGUUUCACUUUGUGGACCUGGCUGGAUCGGAGCGGCUCAAGCGCACAGGAGCCACAGGAGAGAGAGCGAGAGAGGGCAUCUCUAUCAACUGUGGCCUGCUGGCCCUGGGUAAUGUGAUCAGCGCUUUGGGAGAUCAGAGUAAGAAGGCAGGCCAUGUGCCUUACAGAGACUCCAAACUCACACGCCUGCUGCAGGACUCGCUGGGAGGAAACAGUCGGACCGUGAUGAUUGCCUGCGUGAGCCCCUCUGACCGUGACUUCAUGGAGACCCUGAACACACUGAAGUAUGCCAAUCGGGCUCGCAACAUCAAGAACAAAGUGAUCAUGAACCAGGACAAAACCAGCCAGCAGAUCAGCGCAUUACGAGCAGAGAUCGCACGCCUCCAGAUGGAGAUCAUGGAGUACAAAGCGGGAAAACGAGUGGCCUGUGAAGAUGGAUCCGACGGUUUUAGCGAUCUGUUUCAAGAGAACUCCAUGCUCCAAAAAGAGAAUGACACUCUACGUAUGCGGGUCAAAGCCAUGCAGGAAACCAUCGACCACCUCAACACUCGAGUCACCCAGCUGCUCACCAAUGGAGUCAACCUGCUGCUCACUAAGACUGGUGAAACAAACGAGGAGAUUGGCAAUCUAAUCCAGAACUACAUUCGAGAAAUCGAAGAGCUGAGGUCUAAGCUGCUGGAGAGCGAGGCCAUGAACGAGUCUCUGAGGCGCAGUUUGUCUCGCCUCUCCGCCCGCUCUCCACACCCCGCCUCUCCAGCACUCACUCUUGGCUCCUCCCCCUCUGUUUCCAUGGAUGCAGAGAUGACCGAUGUGAUUCGUCAAGCCAAAUUAGAUGUGGAGAGGCUGAAGAAGAAAGAAAGAAAUCAGAGGAGGAAGAGUCCUGAGAAAGAAAAAGGUUUGAAGAAGAGGGCCAAGCUUUAUCCUCAGGAAAAUGGAGAAAAGAGCGAGAAUGGGCUGAGCAGGGAAAACGAAGAGCGAAGAGAAAAUGGAGAUGGAGACUCUGAUAACGAACCUGAAGAGGAUGGCAUGUAUCCUCUUCAGGAGGAUGAUCACGGCGAGAGCGGCUGUGAUGAGGAGGAGGAGGAUGAGGAAGAGGAGACCAGGGAGGAGGAAGAGUUCGACAGCGACGAGAGCCUGGUGGAUUCUGACUCCGACUCAGACGAGAAAGUCAGCUUACAGGCCGAUCUAGCGGACCUGACGUGUGAGAUCGAGAUCAAGCAGAGACUCAUCGAUGAGCUGGAGAACAGCCAGCGCCGGCUCCUGACGCUGAAGAGCCAGUAUGAGGAGAAACUGAUUCUGCUCCAGAACAAGAUCAGAGACACGCAGCUGGAGAGAGACCGCGUGCUGCACAACCUCAUGUCCAUGGAGAACUACACUGAGGAGAAAGCCAGUAAGAUCAAAUCGGAGUAUGAGAAGCGUCUGAAGGAGAUGAACCGAGACCUGCUGAAGCUGCAGGCCGCUCAGAAGGAGCAUGCGCGUCUGCUGAAGAACCAGAGCCGCUACGAGAGAGAGCUCAAGAAACUGCAGUCUGAGGUGGCCGAGAUGAAGAAAGCCAAGGUGGCGCUGAUGAAGCAGAUGAAGGAGGAGCAGCAGCGGAGGAGGAUGAUCGAUGCGAAGAGGAACAGAGAAAUCGCACAAUUGAAGAAAGAGCAGCGACGACAAGAGUAUCAGAUCAGAGCUUUGGAGUCCCAGAAGCGCCAGCAGGAGAUCGUGUUGCGGAGGAAGACGCAGGAAGUGACGGCGCUGAGGCGGCUGGCCAAGCCCAUGUCGGAGCGUGUGGCCGGACGUGUGGCCCGCAAACUCACCAGUGUGGACUCCGGAGCGGAGCUGUCCACCAGCACCACAACAACAACUUCCGAACACGAAUCCUCUCGCUCGGUGACCAGCAUCAUACGCCAGUGGAAUACCAAACUGAACGGAUUCCUGGGAGAGAAUGAGAGCCACGGGACUGGAGGAAGCCUGGCCAGUAGCAGAAAAAAGUUCCAGCGAAAAAGUACGAGCACAAGUUUUUCAAAGACAGCCCGUCAGAAGUGGCAGUCUCUGGAGAGGAGGAUCAUGGAUAUUGUGAUGCAGAGAAUGACCAUCACUAAUGUGGAAGCUGAUAUGGAUCGCCUCAUCAAGAAACGUGAGGAGCUGUCCGUGCAGCAGGAGGCGCUGUUGCGCAAGAGAGAAAAGUUACUGAACGAGGGCUUCGGAGAGGAUGAGGAGGAGAGGCUCCUUCAGGAGAUGAACGAGGAGAUUGAGGUGCUCAAUGCCAACAUCGACUACAUCAGCGACAGUCUGUCAGACUGCCAGGCCACCAUCGUACAGAUCGAGGAGACCAAGGAUGAGCUGGACUCUGUGGACACCUCAGUGGUCAUCAGUUCCUGCUCGCUGGCCGAAGCUCGCGCUCUCCUGGACUACUUCCUCAAAGCCUCUAUUGACAAGGGGUUACAAGUUGCUCAAAAAGAGGCUCAAAUUCGCCUUCUGGAGGGUCAGCUGCGGCAGACGGAUGUGAUUGGCUCUUCCCACAAUCACAUGAUCCUGGAUGCUCUUAGGGAAAAGGCUGAGUGUAUCCCUGAGCUGCAAGCUCUAAUCCACAAUGUCCAGCAAGAGAAUGGCUAUGCGAGCACAGAUGAGGAUGCGUCUGAGUUCAGUCAGGCAUCAGAGGGCGGGUUUUCACAGAUGAAGUUGUCUGCGAGUCAAGAUGACUUUAAGAUGAAGGUUGAGCCUCGGCUAUCUGCACAAAUGAAGGCAGUGUCAGCUGAGUAUUUGGGCCCGAUUCUGACCCUCACCUCCAAGAACAUCACUAAGUCCCUGGCUUCUCUGUCGGAGAUCCACGAGAACGGCCUGGUCCACAAAGAGGUCUAUUCCAGAGAUCUGGUGUCUCGAACCAUCAGCCUGCCUGUCAGAGGACACACUUUCCCAAGGCAGUCCAGAGGAUCUGACACAUCUCCCUUAACAAGGAGGCAGUCAUACGACCGAGGCCAGCCAUAUAGAAGUCCAGAGGUAGGCUACACCCCUCCUCCUUCCCCUCCACUUCGAAUACGCAACGACCGCAACGUCUUUUCCCGGCUGACAAGCAACCAGAGCCAGGGCUCAGCACUCGACAAGUCGGAUGACAGCGACUCCUCUCUCUCGGAGGUGCUCAGGGGUGUAAUCACUCCCACAGGUGGGCUGAAGGGGGGCAGGACGGCCCCCCUACAGUGUGUGGCGAUGGCCGAGGGACACACCAAACCUGUGCUUUGUCUGGAUGCCACGGACGAGCUGCUAUUUACUGGAUCUAAAGAUCGAACCUGCAAGAUGUGGAACCUGGUGACUGGACAGGAAAUCGUGACGCUGAGAGGACAUCCUAACAACGUUGUGUCUGUCAAAUACUGCAGCUACUCUGGCCUGGUCUUCACAGUUUCCACCUCCUAUAUCAAAGUAUGGGACAUUCGGGAUUCUGCCAAGUGCAUCCGGACCUUCACGUCAUCAGGUCAGGUGGUCUCAGGCGAUGCCUGUGCUGGUACAACCACUCGCACCAUCACUACAGCCCAAGGCGAGUACCAGAUCAACCAGAUCGCCCUCAAUCCCUCCGGAUCUGUGCUGUAUGCUGCUGCAGGCAACACUGUCCGCACUUGGGACCUUAACAGAAUGCAGGCCACUGGCAAGCUCACCGGACACAUUGGGUCAGUCAUGUGUCUUACAGUGGGUUACUCUGGAGGAGGCAAGGAUCAAGUGAUCACUGGAUCCAAAGACCAUUAUGUGAAGAUAUUUGAUGUUGCGGAGGGAACCCAGGGUAACAUCGGACCAGCUCAUAACUUCGAGCCCCCUCAUUACGAUGGGAUUGAGUGCCUUGCUGUACAUGGUGAUGUACUGUUCAGUGGAUCCCGAGACAAUGGCAUUAAGAAAUGGGAUCUGGGACAGCAGGAACUUAUUCAGCAAAUCCCAAAUGCACACAAGGAUUGGGUUUGUGCUCUGGCUUUUGUUCCCGGACGGCCCAUGCUCCUCAGUGCCUGUAGGGGGGGAAUGCUCAAGGUGUGGAACGUGGACAACUUCACACCCAUCGGAGAGAUUAAGGGCCAUGACAGCCCUAUCAAUGCCAUCUGUGCCAAUUCCAAACAGAUCUUUACUGCCUCCAGUGACUGUCGGGUGAAGUUGUGGAGUUAUGUCCCUGGGCUCACGCCCUGUCUGCCCCGUCGGGUCCUGGCCAUCAAGGGCCGGGCCACCAGCCUCCCCUGAGCCUCCACUAACCACCUCCUGCCUGGUUCCCUCUGUGACAUGAGAGUAAAGAUCUGGAAUCCGAAGAUGGGGAAGAAAAGGUGACGAACCUCCGUUUGGAACGAUUGCCGUCAAUGGAGCCUUUUUGGGCUGUCGGCUUAAUUGGACACCAUAGCUUUAGGUGUCUGAAAUCGACCUUGGCGAAAGUCCAUGGGUAAGCUGUCUCACUCCAGAAGGUGGGUUUCUUGGACCUGCCUUAAGGAGACGAGACACAACCCUUUGAACCGGAGUCACAUCCGAGGAAUAUGAUCCAAUGAUCAUGAGAGUCUGAGAGAGGCUACUGCAGGUUUCUUUCGUCUGGAUGUGCCAUUUUGAUGACGACGAAACUGUAUUAUCUGUGCAUUGAAGGAUCCUUCUGCACUUCCUGUCUAAACGGAAACAUUGAGACAACUUCAUCUGUAGGUGCUGCUUUUACUUCUGAAUAUUUAUCACAUCAAGAUGGCAUCACUUCAGAGUCACUUUUUUGUAAUUACUAAAGAGCCAUAUGACUUUAGCUUUGAUGUCGUAUCAGAAACUGAAUCCAUUUUCUCAGUAUCCUGAAGAUUGGCACCUUUUGUGUUUACUGAUAUGAGCAGAUAGAGAGUCGUCAUCAAUCCCAGUCCCAAGUUCCCUUGAAACAUUGUGCAAUAGUAUGGACCACCACAUUUUUCAAUGCCUUGCUCUUCAGAGGGUUUCUCUGAACAUUUCUAAUAACUAAUGGCUUCCUUAAACCCCCCUAAACCACAAACAAACACUGCUUCCUUUGCUUUUAAAUUCAUUCGCUCCAUCCUGCUGUGAAUUUAGUUUUCUACCUCAGGUUUAAAAUUAGAUUUGGUGAGUUAAACCUUCACUGAUUCUGGUUUGUCUUCUGGAUGUGUGGAUAGAGGUCUCCGAAGCAUAAAGCAGUAUUCAGAGUCUGCUGAGUGGGCAUUUUGAGAGUCUCAUCAGAGGGAUUGAGUUUGGUGAUAUUAUCAGACAGUUUUAGGCAGAACUAGAUGUUACCUCAGACUCAAGCAUCUGAUGGGUAGAGUAUAAAAGAUUCAUUUUCAUGUUGUUGGACGUAGUCCUGGUACGACAAAAACAAUUUCAGACAAUCUACUGCAAUGUUGGAUGAAAUUUUGGUCACUUUGUUUUGCCCAUUAU